AUGGGCCGAAAACCAAACCCCGUUAUUGGGGAAUACUUUACGCGGGGCCCCAAGUUGGCAGACUCUAGCAACCGGUAUCCUCAUACCUGCAAGUUAUGCGGUGAAAACUUCCCCAAAGGCCGUGGCGAGGUUUUACACAAGCACAUCACCGAGAAAUGUCCCGCAAUUACACCCGAAGAGCGUAUAAAUGCUGCUCUUGGAUUUGCUGGUCUUCACUCCGGCGCCUCAGCUCCGCGCUCAAUGAAUCUCACUGUCAACCAGCUCGAUGGUGCCGCUGCUGAUAUUGCACCUGAGGCUCCGGAGAACUGGUCUGCCCUUCGCACCUUGGCCGAAGCAUCGCGGCAGGUUGGAGAAAAUGAAAUGGGCGUUCCUGCAGCUCCUGGUCGAGAAGUUGCAGACUCGACCGCCCGUCAGCUGCAAAUUGGCUUUGAGGUCCAGGAACAGUUCACCUUGGAAAAUCCACCGGUGAGCUAUGAGAAUCGACUCCUGCGUGAAAGAAAGGAGUCGAGUUCCCAAGACAGUGCCAAUCCUUUGAGUUACCUCACAACCGAAGAGAAAAUGGAGCAUCUCCAGGCGGCAACUCAGCAACCAAACAAUCACCCACUGGACUCGUCGGACCUCUCUGUCGCUGCCGCUGCAACCGCUCGCCUCACUCACACCCUCAUGGACCCUCAGCUGACCGCUGAUCACAAUGAACCCCAGGUCAUGAGCCCCAUCAUGCCACCGGUAGAUGUCAACAACGCCGUCUCUGAAGUCAACAACACUCCUCAGCAGCCCUGGGGGGAGAUGACUUACAUGGCCACCAACCACAACCCCACUACCGCGACUCAUGUGGCACCUAUUGCACCACCUCACAGAGGCGGCACUCGGAUGCCCAUCGGCAACGGAACCUCGAGUGAGCAUAAGAGAAAGGCUUACACGCCGGUCCGACGAAAAGAAGUCCAAGCUGCCCGCAAGAAAGGUGCCUGUAUAAGAUGCCGUAUCCUUCGCAAGACUUGCGGCGUCCAUGACCCCUGUGAUCAAUGCCGCAAGAUUCAAGGUCCCCGCCACUGGACCUACCCUUGUGUUCGGACUCGCCUUAGCCAAGAGUUAACACUUUACUCAGCCGCUUUGAUUGUUGUGCUGGCACAGACUAGAGUUAAGCAAGCUAGACAGACGUACCAGUUGUUGUCAAACGGCACCUCUCUCGUGGUGUCCCUUUGGGAAGACAGCCCCAGCUUGAGCCUUGCUGCCCUGGUAACCCCUCGUCAAACUCAACCCCAAACUGUCGCUGAAGAGACAGAGCAGACCAACGGAGAGGGCCAGGCGCUCUUCCAGGUUGUCAUGAUUGACCAAGAUAAGGAAGAUCUUCCAGCUCGCAUGGAGGAGUUCCUCAAGUUAAUCUUACCCACCCUCAUCCAGCGAGAGCCAUCUCACUUUAUGCAAGUCGUCUUGGAGUCCGCCCAGAAGUUUCCGCAAGAGAAGGCCACUGGCAAGAUUCUGAAGCUCGCUAUUGAUCUGUGGGGUCUUAUUGAGAUUCUUGAUCGAGAACGUGGUUGGUACAUCUCCGAGGAGCGGGAAGGCAUUGUCGUGCCCCGUGGCCCCGAGGACUUUGCAGGCAGUGAUGAUCAGGAUAUAUACAAUCUGAUCACCUUCCAGCUGUCAGCCGCCACCGAGCGCAGGGCUAACAACGUCUCCAACAAACUCAUCAGCGAGCUCCAGCGCUGCCUCGAGAAUGGCAAGGCCAGGAUUCACUUCGAUGUCUAUCUCUCGAUUCUGAUCCUUCUCCACUGCCUUGAGAAGACAACUUGGACUUUCAAGGUGUGGGAGAUGGACGACUUCCGCCAACGCUGGCCCCUCGACCGUCCACCUUCGUCUUACGUCAACCAGGGCCACGAAAUUGCAGAUUUGCUUAAGAUGCUUCUGACUCUUCGGAAGGCUCAUCCCAAGACUUUCCGAGCCCUUGAUGGACGGUUGGCCGUUCUGGACGUUGGCGACACCGAUUUCGCGCCAGUGGUAGAGUUCUUCAGCGCACUGAACCUAGAUUAUGAUGAUGUCGUUCGCAAGCUUGAGACAUGCGCAUUCAGUCCAGAGACCUCCCGAUCUUUGGAACUCCACUUUUGUAGCCAUGUUCUUCUUCCGCCUAAGGAGGGAGAAAAUGCAGCUGGCCACCACAUUGGUGCUCCUACCAGCUCCGGCCACACCACGCCCCCUCCUCUAGCUCCUCCUUCCGCUCCUUCUGCUGUUGCUUCUCCUCCUUCCUCCGAGGCGCUUCCUCAGGCGCUGCCUUAG